GUGAUAUUUUCCAGAACCUCCGGUCUUCUUCCUCUUGCUUAAUUCCAUAAAAAAUUCAGAAGGAAACUCAUGAGAUUAUAAACUUUACGAUUUCUUGAUCAAGAUCGUGAUUACUCGUUCUUAGAGAUCGAUGCCGAAUCAAUGGUGAUCGAGGCUAAGGCAAGGAGGAAACAGACGGGGUUUAACAAUGGGAUCAAGGUCACGGUGCGAGGACUGUGGGAAUAAAGCAAAGAAAGACUGUGUGUAUAUGAGAUGCAGGACUUGUUGUAACAACAAAGGAUAUCAAUGCCAAACUCACGUCAAAUCAACUUGGGUUCCUCUCUACAAAAGAAGCCUACUUCAUGAGCAGCAGCACAGUUACAAUGAUCACCCCCAGAAACAGCGCCUUGCUAUUGAUCAAGGACACAUCUUCAUCAACCCUAAUAAGAGGCUAAGACAACACAGCCGCCCUUCGUCUUCUGCAGGGCUGGAUGGAGAUCAUCAAGAAGCUAACUUUCCUGCUGAAGUGAAUACCAUGGCGAAAUUUCAGGGUGUUCGGAUGACCUCCACGGACGACAUGAUGGAUCUGGAUCAGUAUGCUUAUCAGACAAGUGUAACUAUUGGUGGCCAUGUAUUCAGCGGCAUCCUCUAUGAUCAAGGCCCUUCUGUUCACCAGAUGAGUUACUACACUUCAACUUCUGCAGCAGAUCAACGACAUCUUCCAACUACUUCUUCAUAUGAAUUGAUUAAUCCAUUCAAUGAUUUUAUGCCUGCAGGUACGCAAUUUUUUCAAAACCUAUCAUCUUAAGUUUUUAAGGUUCUGCAGCUCGAAAUCAUCUCAUGUAAUUAAUAAGGGAAAAAAUGUAUCAUGAUCUCAAAUAGUUUUGCCUUUAUACCUGUUUUUAACAUCGUAAUUAUAA